UAUUACAAUUCAUAAUAAUAAUCAGAUGGAAGACACUUAUUAUGAUGAGAACUAUUCUGAUUCUGACAGUGAAUCUGCAACCGAAAUAGAAAACUUUCCUAUUCUUAAUUUCGACAUUAACGUAUAUCAAGAUGUUAGGAAUAAAAUUUUGCAGCAGAAUAGUGAUAACAAAAAUGAGGAUUAUGAUCUUAAUAAUGCAACAGAAGAAAAUAUAUCAUCUGAAUUUGAUGAAGAUAUUGAAGAAAUUUUAUUAGAUCAAUCGCCUCUUGCCCAACUCAAAGGCACUUGGGAAGUUGAUCGUAAUACUAUUAUGCAAUGGAAUGAAAAGCUAGAUGAACUUGAAUGUUUUGAAGCUAACGGUAGCUAUUUACAUCAAAGAUUAGGUCCUGGAGUUUCAAAUUUUGGUUGCAAUAGUAAGCAUGAUGAUUUAUCUACAAUUCUAGAAAAAUUUAGAAAUUGGAUUAAAUUAAUGGCAAAAUCGGAUAAUAAAUUACAAAAACAGCAACUUAUCUGGUCGUUAUUGCUAGCAAUUAAGAUAUUAAAAUCGGGUUUGCCAAAAGAUUUAAUUUAUAGUCCUUUUGAUAACCAAAUUCUACCAACUUUAUUAAUGACUCAAAUAGCAUUUAAAUUAGCAAAAAUAGAUUUAAGUGAUAAAGCAAAAGCAGAAUUUUUAGAAGAAAAGGAAUGCACACAAUUCGGAAAUCUUCUUGGAGAAUCCUUGUGGCAAUCUCGUAUAGUGCUUAAAAACAAUUUACUGACCUUAAAAAAUCCACAAUCUCUUGAACAAUAUGCUACAGCAUUGCUCUGA